AUGACUGAACAACCAAUUGGUCCAAUUACCCCCUCGGGCAUCGCGUCCGCACCCUCUCGUGGGGCCCUUGACGGACGCUACACUUCUCUUAUCCCAUUGGAACCCUCUCACGCCGAUCCAAGCUAUAAGCACCUUGGUGGCGAGGAAAAUGGCCAUCUUUGGACAUAUAUGUUUGGAGGACCAUAUCUUGAUCAGCAACAAUGGAGAGAAGCUGUUGAAGGAUUCUGCAAGUCUGAGGAUCCAUUGUUCUAUACUGUUCUAUCUGGGCCACGCGAUGACCCCAAGUCUGAACCAGUUGGGCAAAUGUCUUAUCUCAACAUCGUUCCAAGCCAUAGAAGGAUUGAAAUUGGGAGCAUCAUCUUUGGGUCUCAGCUGAAACAGACACGCGCUGCCACUGAAGCCUUUUAUCUAAUUAUCAAGCACGCCUUUGAGGAUCUUGGUUAUCUAAGAGUCGAGUGGAAAGCGAAUCAUCUCAACAAACCUAGUCUCGCAGCUGCAGAGCGAUUAGGCUUUGUUUUUGAGGGUAUCUUCAGAAAGCAUAUGAUUCUCAAAGGGAGGCGUCGAGACACAGCUUGGCUGAGCAUUACUGAUGAGGAGUGGCCUCUUGUUAAGAAGGCGUUUGAGGCUUGGCUCAGCGAAGAUAACUUUGAUACAAAGGGAAAGCAGAUCAAGUCUUUGAAGGAUAUCAGACAAGACUUAGCGAAGGACCAAAAGGAAGAACGCGGAAUGUAA